AUGACGAAAAAUGCUCUUAGAAAUAUCGAUAUUUCUGGCCCAUCGUUAAUUUCGACCGAAACGCUGAACAGCGAAAAAGAUGGCGAAAACCACUACUCAAUCGGCGUACUCGUCAAAAUCGACAAUAAAGAGGAAGCUUACAAGCUCGAUCCGUCCAAAUCGCUCGACGAAAUCGUCACAGAAGUCAUGCAGAUCCUCCAAGCCACGAACGAUAAGCUUGAAAACUCGUUGAAAGUCAAGGGAACGCCACGAGCUUUAUUACUAGAGACUCAGAAUUCAAGGCGAUACAUCACUGAAGAAUUGCUGAAAUCAAACAGAAUCGACAAGGGAUCAACGCUUUUACUCGGAACAUCUCCAGAUCGCCUCGCUUCGCACAUUUUAAAACUUCUUUCUCAACAGCGUUCUCCGGAUGAUGCAAAGAACUGGCACCAAAACCUCAGCUAUUUGCUUCAAUACAGUGAAGAUAUCGUUUUCAACCGAAUAUUCAUCUCGAAAAAUGGCCUCAAAGUUUUGCUCUCGGUCGAUAAAGAGGUGCAGGAAGCGAAUUUGGAGAAGAUUCUAACGAUUUUGAUGGCGUUGCUUGACGAUAACUUGAUUGAUUAUAAAGACAUUCUUUCGCACAUUUCCGACUUUACCGAUCAGCUGAUCAAGUUGCUCAACGAAAGAACUAAUAAUGGACAAGGAAAGCUUCUCCAGAAGACGAUAAAUCUUCUCGAUCGCGGAUUACAAGAAGUUCCUGCAGUCAGAGCACAAAUUUUUAAGCUGCUAAAUGACUCGCCGAUUUUGCAUACGAGAAUAAGCGACAAGGAAGAAAAUAUUCAACUGGCUUCGUUGAUGUUGGUCAAUAGUGUUUUAUUCAUGUCAAGGGAGGGCCUUUACACUUUAAUUGAGGCCAGCUGGAAUUCAAGCAAUAGGUACCUUGAAUUUCGAAUCCUGAUUGAAAGAGACAACGAGCAAAUCGACAAUGCUCUUCUCAACAAGUUAAAACAAAGAAUCUUCAACUCAUUGAUCAAACUCGGCCGUUUGAAGGAAGAAAGCGCGGUGGGAACCUUCCAACGAAUCUAUCUCAAGCUCAAAUACGAAAAAGACAUCACCACCCGUGGCGAUCCACAGUCGACACAGCAGCAGCAGGUCAUUUCCAAGGUCGUCAAAAAUUUGGAAAAAGAGAGUUGGGAAACUGUCAUUUCGGGAAAUUCUUCGAAUCAUCCUUUGACCGAUUUUCAAACGCCUGUUGGAAUACUACCGUUGAAAUGCAUCGAGUUCUUCUCUAGAAAACACAGGGACGACUGCCUUACAAUCAUCACAAACAAUGCUACCCGGCACAAGGGAAUGUUUCCCAUCGUUCCCGCUGCAAAUGAAGUCGUUUCAAUUCUUGUCGAUUCUUUGGACUUCAAGGGCUCUCAAACAAUCUCAUCAGAAUUCCACGAGCUCGUUUUUGGAAUUUCUUCGGACACUUUCGAGGAGAUUUUCUCAGCAACUUUUAUGUCGUUUUGGGCGACGUGGCGAGAUGCUAAUGCUGUUAUGGCAGACUUCAAGAAAGUCGUCAAUGUUCUGAAAGAACAAGUCAAAAAUUCCCUCACGCAAAAUACCAGCACACUCCAGCAAUUCAAGAAGAACCUCGCUCAGAACAACUACAACUCGCUCGUCGAAGCACAGCACAUUUUCAAAGACGAUGCUGAUCUCGAAAACCAUCAAAGCGUACUCUUAGUAAAGGAGCAUCUCAGAAAAGAAGUGACAAAAGUCGUGGAAGAAAAUCGCCUUAUGUUGAUGGAGAAAACUUGUCGAUUUACGGACGCGAAUCAGAAAAAGUCAUUUGUCUACAUGAGACUGGACAAAAGCAGAAGACACAUUUCAGUGGAUUCGAAAUCGUCCACUUUUGAAGGCGCCUUUUCUAGCUCAAGCGCGAAGCAUGUUCAAAUUCGAAACAUGAUCAGAGUUUAUCAAGGAGUAGAAGCAAAACCUGUCGUUGAAAAAACCGGAAAGCACAAACGCAAAAUGAUUGACUACUCACUGCUUUUCGCAAUUGAACAUAAAGUCGCGGAAGGCGAGUCUCAAACAAUGACUCUUCUUGCUGACAGUAGUUCUACGAGAAACACAUGGGUAGAUGGGUUGAAAUCACUCCUCUCUGUCAAUUUUGCGCCUUCCGAGUCGUUCACUGCUGAUGUGGAUCAUCUUCUGCAAUUGCGACUAAAGAUCCAACUGAUCGACUUUCAAGAGAUCAGAAUACCCACUCAAUUCAAAAGAAUCGACUCUCUUCAACCACCACCUGAAGAAUGGACUCAAUCUCCGAACCGCUAA